UGGACAAACAGGUCGCGGAAAAGAAACAGCAACGUGAGCUCGAACAGGCCCGAGAAUCCCAGCUCGACGAGAAUUUGAUUCGCGGUAGUAAGCUCGCCUUGCUGCUGGAAAAACAACAACAAGAGGUAAACUGUCAAUUACGAACGGGAAAAAAACAAGCGGCCGGAUGAUCAAUCGUGUUUUGCAACGUCAUGGCUAAAGAUUCCAACGUUUGUCGUAUCGCGCUCGUUCUUCUUUGCGCGUUUCUUCCGACAGAAUAUUCCGUCAGCGGGUUUUUCAACGUUACACCUCAUCGCUGUCAAUCUUCUAGGAAAGGCGAAAGAUAAAUAAAGAGAUCGAACACUUCAGACAACAGUACCAGCGUCCUGAACAACGCCGAGAUUUCGAUCUUUACGAUUCGACUGCUCUGAGAAAAAAAGAACAUGUCGACCAGUCUUUUGGACCUGGCCUCGCGCAGAAGUAAAUGUUGUCAUAAAUGAAUUUCGUCCGUGCGACGAAAUUCUCGUCUGGAGUUUGAGAAAGAUCGGUAUUAAAUAUUUGCUCGUCCUAUCGUGCAGAUUUCCGGGCGAGGACGACGAUGAUGCAAAGGAACGCUUGAAGGCGCAGAAGGAAGAGUUGCGAUGGUGGAUCGAGAAGCAAAAGAACGAGCGUAUGCAGGCCGAGUGGGAACGCCAGGAAACCGAGAAAGCGUACGAGACAGCCGUCAUCUCUAGGGACAAGCGUGCCAUGGCGUUAGACCAAAUGGAACGGGACUGUCGUCGAAGGUUGAACGAAGCCACCGCGCAAUUUAAUCGAGCCUUGGUAAGGCUUUCUUCUAUUUAGAUCUUCGACGGAACGGCCGGGAACAAAGCGGCAGGAACUGCAAGAAAAAGAUAAGAAUCUUAUUAUCUGACAAUUCUAUUUUCCACCAGGCGGCAGAGAGAGAAUCGUAUCUCCUUAUUAUAUGGAUGGAUUCUCUAUCUCUUCCUCGUCCUUCCUCCAGAUACUCGCGUGUUACUCGAUGCUCGCCAGCGACGAGAAAAUGGAAAUUCAGAUAAUUAACGCUUGAUGGCACUCCAUCGCAUUAAUUGAUUUAAAGUCCUCUCUGUUGUUGCCUCUUCUCUCGUCGCGAAUGAUCCAAUGACGACGAACCGUGAAAUGUCAGAGUUCAACGGUGGUAAAAUCUCGUCGUACUUGAUACGACUGUUCUGUUCUGUUCUGGUCGCCGAUGAAUUCCUCCGGUGUCACCGUAUCGAAUCGCGAGACGAAGUCAUCGUUGCCUCGUCGUUUAAUGCAUCCCGAGCACAAACUGCACGGUCGUACAUAAACCUUGGUCGAAGGUGAGCACCGUUUACAGCGUCGACGAGGUUGCUACGAACGAUGAGCAAACUUGGUGACGUCAUCGAUGUACGAGUCUCCGGUAAUAACACGAUGAACGAUCCUCCACUCGCUUCCCCAACUCGUUCCCUGUCCUUGACUUUUUUUCUCCUCGGACUGUCACGCUUUGUUGGAUCGUGCGUUUCAGUCGAAUGACCGGCUUCGUUUUUCGCUUCCCCGUACGACAGGCUGAAGAGCAGGAGUACCGCCGCCACUGCGAAGCCCUUCAAGAGGAGGAGGACAAGAAGGCGGAUAUCUACAAUCACGUGACUGGGGACUUCCUUACGGAAGCCAAAGAGCAGGCGGAGAGCACUCAUGGACCGCACAAACCGUUGGCCUCGCGUUACAAGGGCAUGACUGCGGACGAGCUUCGAGUUUUCAGGCAGGCACAAGCACAGCAGCUGAAAGAAAUCGAGGUAAAAGCCGAGCAUAGGAGCAGCGGUUAUUUUACGCGGUUUUAACGAUGCGCCGUGGAUAGUUGAAACGGUGCCAAUCGUUGUCACGGCCAUUCGAGGGCACGGCCAGGGGAACGAAGAAAUUUGGCCGGUUCAAGAAAUUCUUCUUCUUCUAGAAAAUGAGAUUAGAGGAGAAACGAAGGGACGAGGAAUGGGAUCGAUUAACGAACACCCAGGCGGAGAUAGCGAAUUUGUAUCAGCGUGAAAUUGACCGGAAAAGGACGGAAAUUCAGAAAAAAAUAGCAAUGGAGAAUUUGGAACUCGCACAGCAACACAAAUCUCAUCAGGAGUAUCUGAACCGUGUACUCUAUAAAAACAAACCGACUGCAGCCUUUUUUGAACAAUUUAACAAAGAUGCUCGUUAGAACGAAGACUUACAUGUACAAUGACACGAAUAAACUACUUUUCUCAUAUAUUUUAUGCUUGUUCUUCAUAAGUGUAUUUUUUUUUUUUUUUUUUACAAAUGAACGUAAAAUCAAUUUUUAACGUACGAUUUUAUUGCAGUGCUUUAAUUUAUACACUGCAAAAUACUAAAAUUUUAUGUACCUUUCUCAAGUUCUGUUGAAUGCAUGCGCAUUUAUGCGCUAUCGGUAAAAAGAAAUAUUGUUGAUGUUUACAAGUCGGACUUGAAUGAUGUUGCUUGAAAUAUCUCACGAAACACUGCAAAUAUAAAUUAAAUGUACAAUAUAUUUUCCAUUAUAUUUCUUGGCGCAAUGUAAUAUUGCAAAACAUAAAUCAUUCUAGCGAUAAAAUGCUCAAUACAGAGUAUGAUGAUACUCAGAAACAAAGGUUAGUUUUAAGGUUAUAUAUCUUCCUAUUCUUUGUUUUGUUUCCUUAUUUUCCUUCUUAAUUUUUUUUUCUUAUUAAAAACAGCGAACAAGAUACGUUGCUUGAAGAACAACAUGGAAUUGUGGAAAAUCUUAAACAAGAUUUGCAGUUGUGCAAGGUAUAUUGUUUGUAUACAAUCAAUCGUAUAUCAAAUAUAUUUAGAAAUAUUGAUUACAUAUUCAUUUUCUAGAUAGAACAACAUAAUAUACGGACUGAAUUAGAAAUUCUGCGAAAUGAGAAUCAAAAAAUUAAUGAUAUAAAAGAAUCCUUGAAUUCUAUUCAUUUAAAAGAAUGUGGUGAUGAAAAUGCACAUAAAAAGGAAAUGAAAAAUUUACAAGAGCGCAUUAUGCUGUUAGAAACAGAAAAGGAUUCAGCUUUGCAACUAUGGCAUAUUUCUCUGGAUACUGUAAGUGCCUUAGAGGAUCAAUUAAAAGGAUUUCAUGUAGAUGAAAAAGAGACAAAAUUUUAUCAAGAACAAGCAAAUGUUAUUAAGGAAAGUUAUUCAAAAGUUAUUCAAAAGUUAGAGGAAAAGCUUGCACUUGCCAGAAAUAAUUUUAUCCAACAUCAGACAUUGUAUGAAAAUAGUAAAGAAACAAUUAAUAAUUUGACUAGAAAAAAGGAUGAACUUUUGGAAAAAUGUAGAAAUCUUCAAACAAGUGCUCAGGAUAAAGGUCAGUAACAUAUAUUUAUAAUUUACAAUAAUAGAUGGAAACAUUAGUUUAUUGUUUAAAAGACAGGAACAACCAGAUAACAAUAGAGACAUUAAAACAAGAAUUAGCUCAUGCUAAAAUGGAAAUUGAUAAAAUACUACAAGCAAAAUUGGAAUUAGAAAAAGAAUUAAUUGAAGCUAAAACAUAUACUGAAAAUGUAAUGAAAAAAUACGAAGAAAUAAAAAUUAGGAUGGCAGAAACUCUUGAAUUGAUACAAUCUGCAGUUAUAGAAAAAGAUUUGGCCCUUCAACGUGAAUCUCUUGUACUGGAAGAAAAAGCCCGAUUGGAACAGAGACUAAAUGUAAUAGCUAAUGAAUAUGACGUAAAAAUACAGGAAUUGAAUAAGAAAAUAAGAGAUGAGAUUGAAUUAAAUACAAAAAAAUACUUAACAGAGAUCAAUGAACUUAAUGCAGAACUGAAGACAAAAACAAUUGUAGCGGAAAAAGCUCAAAGAGAAUUAAAAUUUAUUGAAGAAGAAUUAAACAAAAUACGUAGAGAUUCAAGUAUAAAAGUUUUAGAGUAUGAACAGAAAGCCAAACGUAUGGAACUUCAGCUACAAGUAUAUGAUGAAACAAUAGCAAAAAACAAAUAUGAUAUAGAAAUCAAACAAUUAAAAGAAAAGAUUAUUAUUCUCGAAGGUAAACUAGGUGCUUCAAAUGAUAAAUUACAAAAGCUAGACCAUCAACAAACCAAUAAUAUACAAGAUCAGGCAAAAAUAUCUGCUCGUGAAAAUAGAGAUGUAAUGAAACAAUAUUCGGAUUUAGAAAAUCAAUUAGCUAAAACAUUGGGUGAUAAAGAGAAUCUUGUAUUACAAUUAAAAUCAUUGAAAAAUGAUUUUGAAUACGAAAUACAAAAAAGGGAUAAUGAAAGACAUUCUCUUGAAACUAAAAUUCAAGACCUAGAAGUUAACCUUCACAAAGCAACUUGCAUAAAGGAUAAUAAAUUUAAAGAUGGUAUUACUGAUGAAAUAAAUCCGUAUCUGAAAAACAAACCUAGUUUCGAUAUCACGUAAGUAAAUGCAAGCAUUUAUUAAGUCAAAACAUAUUAUAAGAAAUAUUUCUAUUACAGAGUUGAAAAUAAAUGUCAUUGCUGUCAGUCUGCAUUAUCAGAUCACAUGAAUAAACUGCAGGAGAAAUUUGACAGAAAAACAAAGGAAUUAAUCAGUCAUGUUCAAGUACAUCAGAAACUAAGCAAAAAGUGGAGAGAUGAAGCAAAAUCUUUGACAGUUAAAUUUCAUGGAAAAUCUAAAGAACUGAGAGGAAAAAUAAGUAACUUACAGAAGGAAAAUAAUGAAUUAAAUACAGAAUUAUUAAUCUGUAAACAACAAUUAGCACAACAUGCAAUUGAAGAUAUACAAAGAUUUAAUGAACCAAAUGAAAUUAGAUGAAAAUAUUUUCCUUUAUCUAAAAAUGGAUAUUUGACUGUGUAAAUAUUAUAAGAAUAUGUAAAUUUAUUCACAUUAAAAAUACAUUUUAUACUACAUUCUAUACUAUCUUUCUUUUUUUUUUAAACACCAUCUAUCUAUUUAUAGUAAAGUCAAUAUAGUGCUUACUCUUUGGAUACAAUGCAGGCUGUAAAUAAACUAGGAAACCAAUAUAAUGUUUCAUUUUCACCUUGUUCAUCUAGCCAUGCCAGUCCUUCUUUUACCAUAUGAUCCAAGGCUUUCUGUGUCCUACCUGGUUCCCAUUUUAAUUCCUUGCAGAGCAUAGAUCUUGAAAUAUAUGCAUUUCCGGAUAAACUAGCUUGUUGUAAGACAGCAGUAUGGUCCAUACUCAGUUCACCAGGAAUAGAUUGUACUAAAUGUUUGCCUCUGCCAAUUGGUACAAUAGAAAAUCCAUUUCCAAAAAUUCGUAAUUUUUUGGCUGCAGCUAAUAAAUCUUCAUUUGUAAUCUCCUGAUGUUCUUUUCUACGACCUCUAGCUUGUAUCAAUCUUGUUCUAAGCUCAUCCAAUGAUAUUAAUCCGCCAUUUUUAUAAUUUGUAGCCAUACAAACUUCAACAAUUUGUACAGCAAGUUCAUAAUAAAAGUCUCCUAUACCAAGAACCGACCAAAACCCUUUACCUGAGGCUAAAGGAUCUACACCUAUUGAUGCACACAUUUCAGUGAAUUGCCGUCGAAAGCGGGCAUUCUUUUUAAUUUCGUUUUUAUACUUUGAGGCGAAUUCCUCUAAAUUUACCCGGAAAGUUUCCAUUUGUUUUGUCAUUUGCUCAAACUGAUUUUCUUGAAUCUCAGUUCCCUUAUCUUUGUAUUUUUCUUGUUCCAGCUUUUGUUUUUGAAUAGCACCAACGCCUGCCUUCCGCCUCAUCUUGUGAUAUAUUUUAUAUCGGAUUAUGAAUUACAAGAGCACAAUUAUAAACUAUAUUAAAAUGCUCUUAUCUAGUUAUUAAACGAUCGAGAUAACUGUCAUAUUUUUUCGAGUAUCGUUACGAGUAUAUCUACGGGAAACAUAACCUGUAUCGAUACGAUGGCACAAUAUUACAUCUCUUUUCUACAGUAGAUAUUUGUUUCUUAAACAUUGUUCUCAAUACGGAAUCAAAGUAUUAAUGUUUGUACAGUACAACAACUUAUGGCGCGCACAAAAUGUUUAAUAAUUAAGAAAACUUGUACUUCGAAACGGUCGUUCAUCGUACUUCGAAUCUCUAACACAAGGUGUCAGUUGGCUUAUGAAUCAAAAUUUAAAUAUGGCGUCGGCAAUGGAAAUUGACGAUGAAGAAAGUGAUUUACCAACUUCGAGCAGUAGUAAAGGAGAGAAAAAACGUUUUGAAGUAAAAAAGAUAUUGUAGUAGAUAACUGUGCGAUCUGUCGUAAUCAUAUAAUGGACUUGUGUAUUGAGUGUCAAGCAAAUCAAGCAUCAGCCACUAGCGAGGAAUGUACUGUAGCAUGGGGUGUAUGCAAUGUACGGUCAUUAGCUGAGUGUGUUCAAUUACCACGAACAUCUGCACCCUCCAGAAUGCCAAAGCCGAUGCAAGUUUAACUACAUAUGUGAAUAAAACGCACUUAAAUAAUGCAUUGUAACAUCAUUGAAAAAAAAAAAAUCGGUGGCAUAUCUAUGAAUGUCGUAGCAGCAUUUCGGACAAGGAAAAUAAAUUGCAAAUUUGUUUGAAAUACAAUAUAAUUAGAAUAUUAUUGCAUUACCAGUAUCAAUUUUACAAUGAUACAUAUAUCGAAUUGGAACAGCAGGUAUUAAAACUAUGCACUAUUGAAAGUUUCUCAUUUUAUCAGGUAUGCGUAAUAUGACAAUGUUAGUAUUAAGAUAUAAAUAAAAGAAUAUCAUGAAUUAAAUAAUAAAUAUUUACUGAACGUGUUUUUUAUAUCCUUUAGUUAACACUAGAACCACCGAUGACUAGUAUAAAAUUUCCAUCAGAGAUAUUAAAGUAAAAGAAACAGAAAAUGUCUGUAUACAAUAGAGUACACAAGUUUUUAUUUGUACAAUAACAACUACAAAAAUACACUUUUUUGUAUCUAUAAAAUAUUAAACAAAAAUAUUCAAAUGGCCAUUUUAAUAAUUCUAGUGUUAAAAGGAUAUCUAAACUAUCGACAUCUUUGCAACUGAAAUUACACAUUUAUUUUUACGACAUUAUAUGAAAUUAAAAAGCAAGAAUAGAGAAAGAAUACCUUCUUCAUUGGUGCAUGUUUUCUCGGGAUUUUUUUUACCGAAUUUUCCAAUGAUCCGCUUACUUGAUUUUAAGAAAUGUGUAUCCACCCUAGGAAAAGUUUUGUCCUUCCUCUUCUCAAAUACGGUGAGCUCGCGUAAUCCACUCUUUCCAUCAGCAAUUUUUAUACUUUAAAUAGAUAUCGGUUUCACCGGGGCACAUGGUAU